GUGUGUUUCAACUGAGGCAGAAGUUUUAGCAGGACGGAGAGUUUUUCAGGGAAGCGGGACCAGCAGCGGUCAGGUUUUUAUCCCCGGUCAGAGACCCGCAGACCAAGACAUCUGUCAAUGAUGUUUGACAAACAGCAUUAUGAUAGCCCGCCGGUCUACAGCCCUCCUUUCACCGCACCUUCCAACAACGGCUAUGGUCCACCAGGCAGCUUCCACGGCCCCCAGAGUGACUACAACGCAUACCCGCCUCCACCGGGAUCUUACUACAUUGAGGACAAGCCGCAGCACUUCUACAAAUGGCUGUCGCCUCCAGGGAUCGUCAAAGCCAUGAUGGCUACCGUGAUCUUGCUGUGUCUGGCGAUUUUUGCCUGUGUGGCUUCCACACUCAUGUGGGACAUACAGUAUGGAUAUGGCGCGGGAUUGGGCUAUGGUGCUGGUAUAGGCUAUGGCAGCGGAUACGUUGGUGGCAGCUAUGGCUCAGGCUUUGGUAGUUAUGGAGGCUAUGGGAACUAUGGGAACUAUGGCUCCUACAUUUCUCCAUACUCGGCCAAAACAGCCAUGAUUGCCAUAGUAGCCAUUAACUUCGCAGGGUCCCUGGGCUUCUUCAUCGCCAGUUUUUCUAAAUCCAACAUGUUCCGCAGCAGGAAGUUCUUCCUGGCCAUCCUGAUAAGCACUAUCAUCAUGGCCAUUCUGCAGGGCAUCAUAAACAUUGUAUACAUUGUUGGAGUGAACCCAAUGGCGCAGAGUUCCUCCAGCAUCAUAUACAAUCCGCUGCUCGCGUUGUGCCAGAGCCUGCACCAGAACAGCUACUCCCAGAUGGGAGGAGUGGGAGGCUUCCCCUAUUACAAUCAGUAUCUGUACCAUUACUGCUUUGUGGAUCCACAAGAGGGAGUUGCUAUGGUGUGUGGAUUCCUGGUGGUCAUUGCCUUCGGUGUUGCUGCCUUCUUUGCGCAACGAACGAGAGGGAAGAUCUGGCGUUACGGGAAGCCAAACAUUUACUGGGACGAACCGCUCGUUGGUGGGAAGGCCUCAGAGGGCAGAGAUGUUGAAGAAUGGGUGAACAAUGUAGAGGAAAGUCGCAGCGUUCAGGAUGCCCCGACCCUGCUGGUUUCAGAGAAGGGAGGCGGUCUGCUCAACGCCUCGGCCAACAGUGUUAUCUCCUACCCCCCUGCCAAGGUGGACAGCAGCUCCUACAAUGGAGAUGCCUUUGACAACAAUGAAUACCCAGAGAGAACAACCACUCGUCCAUUGGAGGUUUUUUCUCACGGUGGAGGGACGAGCUCCAGCCCUUCAGAGGAGACGGGCGGUGGCCGCAAGCCGUCAGCCCACAGGGGCAAAAGACGCCGGCGUAACCCGGAGCUGGAUGAGUCUCAGUAUGAAACGGAGUACACCACGGGCGGAGAGACGGGCAAUGAGCUGGAUAGCGAUGAACUGGAGAGUGUGUAUCCAGAGAUAACUUCAGAUGCGCAGCGCCAUGAAUAUAAGAGAGAAUUUGAUGCCGAUCUUUGGGAGUACAAGCGCCUGUGUGCUGAAAUGGACGACAUCAAUGAUCAAUUGAACAAACUCAGCCGGCAGCUGGACACACUGGACGAGACUUCUGUCAAAUACCAGACUGUGGCAGAGGAAUAUAAUCAGCUGAAAGAUUUGAAACAGACGUCAGACUACCAGUCUAAGAAGAAAAAGUGUCGCAGGCUGAGACACAAAUUGUUCCACAUCAAGCGCAUGGUGAAGGACUACGAUAAGAACCACUGAAGGAUCUCCUCAGUCCAGACUCACCUCUGUGGUUGACACAGAGAACACUCACAAACAGGGGCCAAGAUACACUCCGAAAUGCUACCGAGACUCUGACACACUGAGACCAAAGUUCCUUACAGAACCACACACACACACACACACACACACACACACACACACACACACACACACACACACACACACACACACACACACACACAC